AUGAAAGGAUACGGGGGCCAAUGUCAGAAUGUGAAAGGAAUCGCUGUGCACUGGAAGGGGGUUCGUGGCCCAGAGUACGACGACUCCCUUAGUGAAAAAGUCUGGAAAUGGGUCGCGGACCCGUACAUCAACUGCCAGGAGCUAAUCGAGAUUCAUGGGGCCAAUCCGAACAAUUUCUAG